GUAGAACCAGUGUGGACUGAGGCCCACCUUUCUAGACCCGAAAGCCAGGAGGAGAGGAGGGUUGGUACCAUGGGGUGUGAAACUCUGAAUCCUAGUCUCUUACCUAGGAUGUGAGCGGCCCCUCCGGAUGGCACGUUUGGAGAUCUUGAGAGAAGCCUCUUCUGUGUGGGACGGGGUUUUUGGCACAUCCUCCGAGACUCAGAUGAGACCAUGAUGGCCUCCCCGAGGGGCGGGUGCUGAUACCUCUCCCGAGUCCCUUCCACUGUUCAUCCUGACGCCAUUCCCAAUCUCAGUAUCUAAAUGCCACAGUGCUCUUCGGGCAAGUUGGGUUGGGAACCACUGUUGCCUUGGAAGACCAUAAAACCAUGGGAAACGCAGAAAGUCAAAAUGUAGAGCAUGAGUUUUAUGGAGAAAAGCAUGCCAGCCUGGGGCGCAAGCACACGUCGCGCUCACUGCGCCUGUCGCACAAGGCACGGCGGACGAGGCACACGUCCUCGGGGAAGGUGAUCCACAGGAACUCCGAAGUGAGCACGCGAUCCAGCAGCACGCCCAGCAUCCCCCAGUCCCUGGCCGAAAAUGGCCUGGAGCCCUUCUCCCAAGAGGGCACCCUAGAGGACUUCGGCAGCCCCAUUUGGGUGGACCGAGUGGAUAUGGGCUUGAGACCCGUGUCGUACACUGAUUCUUCUGUCCCUCCCAGCGUCGACAGCAGCAUCGUCCUCACAGCCGCGUCUGUGCGAAGCGUGCCAGACUCGGAGGAGAGCCGGCUUUACGGGGAUGACGCUACAUAUUUGGCUGACGGCGGCAGGGGGCAGCCUCCCUAUACAUCCAAUGGGCCCACUUUCAUGGAGACGACUAGCUUUAAGAAGAAACGCUCCAAAUCUGCAGACAUCUGGCGGGAGGACAGCCUGGAAUUCUCACUCUCUGAUCUGAGCCAAGAACAUUUAACAAGCAACGAAGAGAUCUUGGGUUCCACCGAAGAGAAAGUCUGCGAGGAGGCUCGGGGGAUGGAACCCCGGGUGAGCCCCCGGCAGCUCAGCACCUGUCAGCGUGCCAAUUCCCUGGGUGACUUGUAUGCUCAGAAAAACUCUGGGGUGACGGCAAACGGGGGACCCAGGAGCAAAUUUGCAGGCUACUGUCGGAAUCUGGUGUCUGAUAUUCCCGAUCUUGCAAACCAUAAGAUGCCACCAGCUGCCGCUGAAGAGUCUCUUCCGUACAGUAAUUAUAACACACUUCCCUGUAGGAAAUCUCACUGUCUUUCUGAAGGUGCCACCAACCCACAAAUUAGCCAUAGCAACAGCAUGCAAGGCAGAAGAGCAAAAACAACUCAGGAUGUUAAUGCCGGCGAGGGCAGUGAGUUUGCGGACAGUGGGAUCGAAGGGGCCGCCACAGACACGGACCUCCUGUCCAGACGGUCCAAUGCCACCAACUCCAGCUACUCGCCCCCCACUGGCCGUGCCUUCGUGGGCAGCGACAGCGGCAGCAGCUCCACCGGGGAUGCGGCCCGCCAGGGAGUGUACGAGAAUUUCCGGCGGGAGCUGGAGAUGAGCACCACCAACAGCGAGAGCCUGGAGGAGGCGGGCUCGGCGCAUAGCGACGAGCAGAGCAGCGGCACCCUGAGCUCCCCGGGCCAGUCGGACAUCCUGCUCACGGCCGCGCAAGGCACGGUGCGCAAGGCCGGGGCUCUGGCCGUCAAGAACUUCCUGGUGCACAAGAAGAACAAGAAGGUGGAGUCGGCCACCCGGCGGAAGUGGAAGCACUACUGGGUGUCCUUGAAAGGGUGCACACUCUUUUUCUACGAGAGCGACGGCAGGUCUGGAAUAGACCACAACAGCAUCCCUAAGCAUGCCGUCUGGGUGGAGAACAGCAUUGUGCAGGCUGUGCCUGAGCACCCCAAGAAGGACUUCGUCUUCUGCCUCAGCAAUUCCCUGGGUGAUGCCUUCCUCUUUCAGACCACCAGCCAGACGGAGCUGGAGAACUGGAUCACCGCCAUCCAUUCCGCUUGCGCAGCUGCCGUCGCGAGGCACCACCACAAGGAAGACACGCUCCGGCUCCUCAGGUCCGAAAUCAAAAAACUGGAACAGAAGAUUGACAUGGAUGAAAAGAUGAAGAAAAUGGGUGAAAUGCAGCUGUCUUCCGUCACCGAUUCAAAGAAGAAGAAAACUAUAUUAGAUCAGAUCUUUGUUUGGGAGCAAAAUCUUGAACAGUUCCAAAUGGACCUAUUUCGUUACCGCUGUUACUUAGCUAGCCUCCAAGGUGGGGAACUGCCGAACCCCAAAAGGCUACUUGCUUUUGCAAGCCGACCAACGAAAGUGGCAAUGGGCCGUCUUGGGAUCUUUUCUGUAUCAUCUUUUCAUGCCCUGGUGGCAGCUCGCACUGGUGAGACUGGAGUGAGACGUCGUACUCAGGCCAUGUCCAGAUCUGCAAGCAAGCGAAGGAGCAGGUUUUCUUCCCUUUGGGGUCUGGACACUACCUCCAAAAAGAAGCAGGGACGCCCCAGCAUCAAUCAGGUGUUUGGUGAGGGAACGGAUGCUGUAAAGAAAUCUUUAGAGGGAAUAUUUGAUGACACUGUUCCAGAUGGCAAGAGGGAAAAAGAAAUGGUCCUGCCCAGUGUUCACCAGCACAAUCCUGACUGCGACAUUUGGGUCCAUGAGUAUUUCACUCCGUCCUGGUUCUGUCUGCCAAAUAAUCAGCCAGCCCUGACGGUCGUCCGGCCUGGGGACACUGCCCGGGACACCCUGGAGCUGAUCUGCAAGACACAUCAACUGGAUCAUUCUGCUCAUUACCUGCGUCUGAAAUUUCUAAUAGAAAACAAAAUGCAACACUAUGUUCCAAAGCCUGAGGAGGACAUUUAUGAGCUGCUGUACAAAGAAAUUGAAAUUUGUCCAAAAGUCACUCAGAACAUCCAGAUUGAGAAGUCAGAUACGGCCAGUGAUAAUUACGGGUUUUCACUUUCCUCUGUGGAAGAAGAUGGUGUUCGAAGGCUCUACGUGAAUAGUGUAAAGGAAACUGGUUUAGCUUCCAAGAAGGGCCUGAAAGCGGGAGAUGAGAUUCUCGAGAUCAAUAAUCGUGCUGCAGGCACCCUGAGCUCAUCUGUGCUCAAAGAUUUCCUCACGCAGCCGUCCCUGGGCCUCCUGGUGAGGACCUACCCUGAGCCCGAGGGAGGCGUGGAGCUGCUAGCCUGCCCCCCGCACCGAGCAGACGGCCCCGUGGACCCCGGCGAGAGCCCCCUGGCCUUUCUCAGCAGCAACCCAGGACACGGCCUCUGCAGCGAGCAAGGCAACAGUGUCGAGACUGCUCCAGAGGAGACUGAAGGGCCGGACUUGGAAUCCUCAGAUGAAACUGAUCACAGCAGCAAGAGCACGGAACAGGUGGCCGCAUUUUGCCGCAGUCUGCAUGAGAUGAACCCCUCUGAGCUGAGCCCAUCUCCUCAGGACGCCACCGGGCCUCAGCUGGCCACCAUGAGGCAGCUCACGGACGCUGACAAGCUGCGCAAGGUGAUCUGCGAGCUCUUGGAGACAGAGCGCACCUACGUGAAAGACUUAAACUGUCUCAUGGAGAGAUACCUAAAACCUCUUCAAAAAGAAACUUUCCUCACCCAAGAUGAGCUUGAUGUGCUCUUUGGAAAUCUAACCGAAAUGGUAGAGUUUCAAGUAGAAUUUCUGAAAACUCUAGAAGAUGGAGUGAGACUGGUACCCGAUUUGGAAAAGCUUGAGAAAGUUGAUCAAUUCAAGAAAGUGCUGUUCUCUCUGGGGGGAUCCUUUCUGUAUUAUGCUGACCGCUUCAAGCUCUACAGUGCCUUCUGCGCCAGCCACACGAAGGUUCCCAAGGUCCUGGUGAAAGCCAAGACGGACCCGGCUUUCAAGGCGUUCUUAGACGCCCAGAACCCAAAACAACAGCACUCCGCCACUCUCGAGUCUUACCUCAUCAAGCCCAUCCAGAGGAUCCUCAAGUACCCGCUUCUGCUAAAGGAGCUCUUUGCCCUGACAGAUGCAGAGAGUGAGGAACACUACCAUCUGGAUGUGGCCAUCAAGACUAUGAACAAGGUUGCAAGUCAUAUCAAUGAAAUGCAGAAAAUUCAUGAAGAAUUUGGGGCUGUGUUUGACCAGCUCAUUGCGGAGCAGACUGGUGAAAAAAAAGAGGUUGCAGAUCUGAGCAUGGGGGACCUGCUUUUGCACACCACGGUGAUAUGGCCAAAUCCGCCAGCCUCCCUGGGAAAGUGGAAAAAGGAGCCAGAAUUGGCAGCCUUUGUCUUCAAAACUGCUGUGGUCCUUGUAUAUAAAGAUGGCUCCAAACAGAAGAAGAAACUUGUAGGAUCUCACAGGCUUUCAAUUUAUGAGGACUGGGACCCCUUCCGAUUUCGGCACAUGAUCCCUACCGAAGCUCUGCAGGUUCGAGCUUUGGCGAGUGCAGAUGCAGAAGCAAACGCUGUGUGUGAAAUUGUCCAUGUGAAAUCUGAAUCUGAAGGGAGGCCGGAGAGGGUCUUCCAUCUGUGCUGCAGCUCUCCAGAGAGCAGGAAAGAUUUCCUGAAGGCUGUGCAUUCAAUCCUGCGUGAUAAGCACAGAAGACAGCUCCUCAAAACCGAAAGCCUUCCCUCAUCCCAGCAAUAUGUACCUUUUGGAGGAAAAAGAUUGUGUGCGCUCAAAGGGGCCAGGCCAGCCAUGAGCAGGGCAGUGUCCGCCCCAAGCAAGUCUCUUGGGAGAAGGAGGCGGCGCCUGGCUCGAAACAGGUUUACCAUUGACUCUGAUGCCGUCUCUACCAGCAGCCCGGAGAAAGAGUCCCAGCAGCCCCCCGGUGGCGGGGACACUGACCGGUGGGUGGAGGAACAGUUUGAUCUUGCUCAGUACGAAGAGCAGGAGGACAUCAAGGAGACAGACAUCCUCAGUGACGAUGAUGAGUUCUGCGAGUCCGUGAAGGGCGCCGCAGUGGACACAGAGCUCCGGGAGCAGCUACAGGCUGCCUCCAUCAGUCAGCGGGAGAGAGGCCGGAGAGCCCUGGAUAGUCACGCGUCCCGCAUGACGCAGCUCAAGAAGCAAGCGGCCCUCUCGGGCAUCAAUGGAGGCCUGGAGAGCCCGGGUGAGGAAGUCAUUUGGGUUAGGCGUGAAGACUUUGCCCCGUCCAGGAAACUGAACACAGAGAUCUGACUGUCCCUUUCCCCCCUAGAGAGUGUGUGUAGAUACCGCACCCCGCCCCCGCCGCCCUGCCCUCACUCUGCCCCCCCUCCUGUCCCCCUCCUGUCCCCGCGAGGGGGAGAAUGUUCCCUUAGGUCGCGCUCUUGCACACAUGGUCUUGGCGGCUGACUUUUUUUCCGAAGCCAUGUAGCCACCCAACUUCGUCAUUUCUAACGACAUCGGGAAGAAUUGUUCAGAAUCCCAAAUAA